GUCUGUUACCCCACCUUCUUGUAAAAGAAUUAUUUUUUGGAGAAAAAAUGGGAGGAGAAACAAAAUCCUUACUGUUGGAGCUGAUUUAAUAGGUCAAAUUGCUCACACUAUGUCAUCUGGGAGAUGGAGAUAACAUAGAAGCGGAGAGUAAUCAAGAGGCGCAAGAAAGCUCAUAUGGCUCAAUCAUGAUGCAGAAGUUGACAGGAAGUAAAGAAGGUCGCAUUGAUCACACACUUCAAGAUAAAACAUUUCAACAUCCGUACAUAUCAGCCCUAAAAUCACAUACAAACUACUGGCGGGAUCGUGAUACUGCGCUUUUUAUACUUGAACAUUUGUAUCGUGAUAUACCUGAAGAGCCCGAUUCACCUGAUGAAUCCAACUCUGGAAUUUCUGAUAAGACAACCAGCUCUAGUAACAGAUUUUAUCAAAGUUUGACCUUGCUUGACGAAGAUCUUCCUCUAACAUUCUCCGACAGGAAUGUCAUUAAGGAGUUUUCAAGGAAAGUGAAGAAACAAAUGAACAACAGGUAGUGGCAUUUUAUUGCUCAAUGGUGCCCACUGUAAAGAAGUUCCGAGGAUUUUCAAAUUCGAAGGCUGUUUCAAUUUCCACAUUACCAGGUGAUAAUUCAGUUGUUAGAUGGAUAGGUUUCUGAAGUCAAACUGUAAGUAAGUUUCCAUCUUUCAGAUUAUCUAAUGAAUUGGCGUGGGUUGGAUGUAAAUAGAUAGUAAUAAGAGGAUGGAGAAGUAGCUCUGUAUAUUUUGGCAGUGGGACUAGAAGAAGAAAUAAAACAAAUAAUAAUUUAUUAGAUUCCAGACAAAAUAAAUUUAUUGUUGGCUAAUGCCCAGCUAGAUGCA